AUGGGGCAUCCUUUUCCGGAAUUACUUCGAAAAUCACGACUUGCUACAUUUGAUCCUGCAAUACCGCAGGUUUACAAAACAUAUGGGGCUUUCAAAAAACGUGGCGACUGGGGUUUAAAACGAAACCUUCCGAAUAUAUUACGUACUGACGUAAUAACCGUUCAAGCUCUUGACACCGUAGAGCAUCAAACUGACUUCAAAAGUGCACGAAGCUUAGUAGGAUUUGCUCGAAAAUGGAAGGAACUAUUCAAAAAUUCCAAACCACCGCCACCGAUGAAAGAAAACCUUGAAAAAAACAUUACCCAAAUGUCAGAGCAAAAAUUUGAAAAUUUUCUUAGAAAAGUCGAAAAGAAGAAGAGUGAAUGGGACGCACUAAUGGACAAACCCAUCGAUAUACUGGGCUUCGUGAAUGCUUCCGAGGAUAUAAACCCGACACGUGUCUGUGGACUGACGUAUUCCAAUUGUAAUCCGGGUACUAAUGUGAAAGUGCAAGGACGAAUAUUAAAUAGGGAUUCAUCGUUCACUGGGUAUGCUGUUGGUUUGGCCGGUAUUGUCGCUUAUUUGCCGACAAGAAAAUCGAAUCGUGUUGGUAAUAUUGAUCAUCAAAAAGUGUAUAAUUUCUUUGUGGAGAAAGCGGAAUUCGAUGCGCAAGGGAAACCGAAUGUUCAGUUAUCGCAAAUUCCACCGUAUUCAAUGUAUAAUAAUUUAGGUUUCUUGGAGCCUGGUGAAAAGAAAACAUCAUUUUUUGAAUCUGCAAGUAUUGGUAACAGAUGGAAUGAAAACAAUAGAUAUCAAGUUAGCCAAGUUCUGCUUGAUAAAUUGAGUGUUCUGGUUAAACAGGGAACAUCACCACCCUCUUCUGCUUCAAUAAUUGAUAAUCAAGAGAAACAGGAAAAUCAGGAAAAUAAAAACGAUAAAACAGAAAGUGAUUUCUUGUCCAUAUUAGAAGUGUCCAUUAUCUUAUCUAUUAUGACACGUUAA